UGGGAAGGCUCAGUUUAUUUGACUUUCCCUUCUCAUUUACGGACCUUUGACAGCUCCCAGGACUGCUAUGACGUCUCGCAGGUGGUUCCACCCCAACAUCACUGGGAUUGAGGCAGAACACCUCCUCCUGACGAGAGGGGUCCAUGGCAGUUUCCUCGCCAGACCAAGCAAGAGUAACCCUGGAGACUUCACUCUUUCUGUCAGGCGGAAUGAUGAGGUCACCCACAUUAAGAUACAGAACUCAGGGGACUACUAUGAUCUGUAUGGGGGGGAGAAAUUUGCCACUCUGGCUGAGCUGGUUCAGUACUAUACAGAGCAGCAUGACCUGCUACGAGAGAGAAACGGUGAUGUCAUCGAGCUCAAGUACCCACUCAACUGCAAGGACCCAACUUCUGAGAGGUGGUACCAUGGGCAUCUCUCUGGGCGUGAUGCUGAAAAACUCCUCACAGAAAAGGGCAAGUCUGGGAGCUUCUUAGUGAGAGAGAGCCAGAGCAAGCCUGGUGACUUUGUGCUGUCCGUCCUAACCAACGAAGAGAAGCAUGAAAACGUGGACCGCAAGACCAAAGUCACCCACGUCAUGAUCCGUUAUCAGGAUGGGAAAUAUGACGUAGGUGGCGGGGAAAGAUUUGACACCCUGGCAGACUUAGUAGAGCAUUACAAAAAGAACCCAAUGGUGGAAAAGAGUGGAAUUGUAGUGCACCUCAAACAGCCUUUCAAUGCUACAAGGAUAAAUGCAGCCAACAUUGAGAAUAGAGUGCGGGAGCUAAACAAAGUUGCAGACAAUUCUGAGAAACCCAAACAAGGAUUCUGGGAAGAAUUUGAGGUGUUGCAGCAGCAAGAAUGCAAACUCCUUUACCCUAGGAAAGAGGGUCAGCGACCAGAGAAUAAGAGCAAGAACAGAUACAAGAACAUUUUACCCUUUGACACCACUCGUGUGGAGAUACGGGAAGCAGACCCGGAUGUGCCUGGCUCAGACUACAUCAAUGCCAACUAUAUAAGAAGCAUGCAUGAAGAAGGUCGUCAUGGUGAUGAGGGAAAAGUGUUCAUUGCUACCCAGGGCUGCCUCCAGAACACUGUGAUAGACUUCUGGAAAAUGGUCUACCAGGAAAACACUCAUGUCAUCGUCAUGACAACCAAGGAGAUGGAAAGAGGGCGGAAUAAGUGUGUGCGAUACUGGCCAGACCUUCACUCAACAAAGGAGUUUGGAAAAGUGAGCGUGAAGAACAUCGAGGAGCACACGGCCCAAGACUAUAUCUUACGAGAGCUUGAGGUCACACGCACGGACAGGAGGGAACCUCCCAGAUAUAUUUGGCACUACCAGUACCUGAGUUGGCCCGACCAUGGUGUACCUAAUGAGCCAGGGGGUGUGCUGAGCUUUCUGGAGCAGGUCAACCGAACCCAGAGUGCCAUUCCAGAUACCGGACCUAUAGUGGUCCACUGCAGUGCAGGGAUUGGAAGAACUGGUACCAUUAUUGUGAUUGACAUUCUAAUUGACAUCAUAAACAGACAAGGUUUGGACUGUGACAUUGAUAUCCCAAAGACCAUUCAGAGAGUUCGACAGCAGAGGUCAGGCAUGGUCCAGACUGAAGCACAGUAUAAGUUCAUCUACAUGGCUGUCCAACAGUACAUUGACACGGCCCAGAAAAGGCUAGAGGAAGAACAGAGGAAUAAGACGAAGGAGAGAGAGUACUCCAAUAUCAAAUACCCUCAGAUGACCAAUGCUAGGGCCAAGUCCAACAUGUCCUCACGCUCUUCAUCUGUGAUGAAUGAGGACUCUUCCGGUGUGUAUGAGAACUUAAACAUCAAAAACCCAAAGGGGCCCGUCAGCAGUAACACUAGGAGAUAAGCCAUGUGGGCUACCUCUCCUUUCUGCCUCUCUCCCAAGUGCUGUUUCUAAGCACUUGACUUUGGGAAACUCUGAAACUUGGCACCAAAUGGACUCCCUGUAUGUUGGUGGUGCCAGAGCUGAAGCCAGCACUGUUCUGCUUGCAGGCUGGAGUUGCCCUCCCUCCCCUCCACAGAGAGGAAGACAGCUUUGCAUCCCAUGGCCCUGUUCCUUCUACCCACUCCCUGACUAACUGCCCAUGUGUCUCCAGCCUUCUGAGGCUCGCGUUUUGAAAAUGAAGUGCCUGACCUCCAGCAGAGGCUGUUCCAUCGUCCUUUUCUGCAUCAAGCACAAGCAACCCCACUGGAGAAAAUGUUCUGUACUUUUCUCUCCAGUUUAAUCAGUCUACAUACACACACACACUAACACACACACACACACACACACACACACUAUUCAUACAUUCAUUGAAUGCACUGAAUAUAAUGCAACACCUCACAAAUUCAGUGUUAAAGUUGAGUGGAGCAAAGCUCUCUCUCUCCUCUUCAUUUCUUUCUGUCUGCUGCCAGACCUUGCUUUGUGCAUUGGAUGUCAUCUACUGUAACCAAAGACCUUUGAUAUGCUGAAGGCUAUCUUACUAGCAGUAGUUAUUAGUUUUUUGUUGAGUGAUGAAUGAGCCACAGCGAAGCAAUUUGCUACACCAGACGGCAUUUUCACUCAAGUGUACACAUACAGAACGCUCCUGUCUUCAACAAGCUCCUCCUUUUUGAAGUGAUAUUUUUGUUGUAUUUUGCUUGCUUGAGGCAUAAUUGCUAUUACCUUAUGGUCCUAAAUGUGGCAGAUGGAUAUUUUUUUUUUUUUUAACGGGGAAGCUAAAGAGAAGAAAAUAUAAAUGGAUGCAUUUGGUACAGUGCAGUGUUAAUCUUACGUGCCAACAAGCACCUUGUACUUUAUGUUCCUCUCAAUGCUUUUUAUUUUGUUUGAGGAGCUUCAGCUAAACAGAGUCAGGCUCUUCAAGGUGCUCUUUUUCAGGAUCCUCUGUCAUGAUCCUCAGUCACCUGUAUCUAACACUGUAGAACUGAGAGGGGUGUUGGAUUGCAGUAAGAAGUGGGUCUCUGAGUCCUGUCAGGGCUAUUUUCACUUAGCCUCUGGUUCUCAGUCUCCCCUGUAAAAAUUAUAGUCAGGCCUUUGGCAUAAGAUAAGUCAUAGGAUUGUUGAUUUAUAUUUAAAUAUUGCUCUCAUUUGUAUCUAUGAUUCCUUUUGGACAUGUUUUUGUGAUUUUGUGAAUGUGAUUGUCUGAAAUAUAGCACAAAUACAGGUUUUUGCUGUUGGAGGAUUUUAGCUCUGGUUGACAAGAUGUCUGUGGUUUUAUCAAGCAUUUCCAUGUGUUCCUCAAAAGAAGAACCUAAAACCGCUCCAUGGUAAGACUGAUGCACUGUUGUAGUAUGUGCACUGUGGUGUGAAAAUCAAUAACCAAUAUCUAAUGUCAUUUAAGGAUAGUCCUACACAACAAUUGCAGGUUCAGAGGGUUCAGGAAGUCUUUAAGUGAUAUCUCUCCAUUAGAAAGUUAAAUAUGUGGUUGAAAUUGUGCAAAACGCAGAGGGCAAAUCAGGAUGCUGGCCUGUGCAUUGACGUGUAUGGCCUUCUCUGAAGUCUUUAGCAAAACAGCACCAGAGCAGAUGGCCCGAGCUCAAGAUUAAAGAAUAGAUUUGUCUGGGAGUAAAAAAGUAAUUUGAAAGAUGCCUGUAAUCCAGACAUGACUGUGAUUGGCUUAAGCCAGUGUUAGCAGUGAUGUCAGGAGAAAAGAGAUCGUAGAGGGCUGCAUGUGAAGGAUUGUUCAGCCUGUGCAGUAUUUACACUGGUCAGCAUUAAAUGAAGUUCAGUACAGGUUACACUGAUCCAGUGGUUGAGUAGCAGGGUGAUAUGAAAUGACUGGUGGUGUUCUGGGACAGUAUGGAAACACUGUGGAAGAUUUCUGUGGAAGAGGGAUGGCUUGUUUCCUUUAUUGCAUGUCAUGCAGAAGCAUUGCAUGUCCACCCCUAAGAUUUAACUGAACAACUGAGAACUGUGCUUGGAAUGAUAUCUCCCAACAAAACACUGUCCUGUGCUACUAACAACCGAACAUUGAAAAAACUCUUUGAAAGGAUUUCCCGGUAUCCAGCAUCCACUGAAUUCAAUUUAUAGUUUUUAUUUAUUCUGUCUAGCGUCUGACUUGCUGUUUGGGCUGCUCAGCUGAUCUUGAUGAUUGAUGCAUUUCACUUUGCCUCUGGGAUAAAGGGUUGAGCUGUUGAGACUUCAAUACUUGAAAUUCUGUGUGAACUGCUGAAUCCAUACUGCAGAUUAUUAUCUGCAGCUAUCAGAAUGUCCAUUGGCUGUUGAAGAGCGCCAUACAUUGUCUUUUUGUUCUUUUCUCUUGGUGUUGUAUUUUACAUAAUCGAAUUUUUGUCUUUUGAUGAGUUGUUUUAAAUUGUACCUUUCAAUUGUACAUUGAUAGACUUGUUCAAUUAUCAAUUUUGU